AUGAAGUUUACGUUCGUUACCAGCCUCCUGGCCACGGCCAUAAUCGCCUUUCCUCUCGAAGCCCGCCAAAACAUUUCGACGGGUACGGGUAGCGGAAAGUUCCCGGCGCACUACACCACCGACCACACUCUUACCAAACACACAAUUUACAUGCCCAUUAAACCAUCCCCUGACGUCAAGCUUCCCGUGGUCGUCUGGGGAAACGGCGCCUGCUUAGCAAACGGGCUCCGGUUCCAAGAUUUCCUGACCGAGGUCGCAUCCCAUGGCUACAUAGCCAUCGCGUCGGGUGCGCCCAACGGCACCGGAGAAACCACUUCAAAAUGGAUGACUCACAGUAUCGACUGGGUCGUCAAGCAUGCCGGCAAGGGCAAGUACGCCACAGUAGAUGCCAAAAGGAUCGUUGCGGCUGGUCAGAGCUGCGGCGGCCUUGAGGCAUACGACCAGAAAAACGAUCCUCGAAUCAGGGGGUUGGGCAUCUUCAACUCCGGCCUGCGGAAUAACACGAAUGCCGUGGCAAAUAUCACCAAGCCCGUGUUUUACUUUAUGGGUGGCCCGACCGAUAUUGCAUAUGCAAAUGGCGAGUGCGACUAUAAAAACUUGCCGGCAGGGACGCCCAAAUGGAUAGGCAACCAGCCUUUCGGACACACUGGCACCUACCGUCAGCCUUAUGGGGGCACAUUUGGUGUCGCCGCCGUCAAAUGGCUAGACUGGGUGCUCAAGGGUAAUGCGACCGCGGCUAACUUCUUCAAGGGAGAUGGAGCGGUGGCUGCAGGGUGGACAGUUGAAUCCAAGAACUUGGAUAAGAUUCCCGUUGCUGCGGCCCCCUAG